AUGUCCGCCCACGCCGUCGCUGUCACCUUAGUAAGUCAGUGGUUUUCACGCUUCGGCUUACCCGACGUUGUUACGACAGAUCAAGGACGGCAAUUUGAGGCCGAUCUGUUCCGGGUAAUGUCAGAAACGUUCGGGAUACAGCACAUACGCACCUCCCCGUACCACCCUCAGGCGAAUGGCAUGGUCGAGCGACUGCACAGGACGCUCAAGGACGCGCUCACCACACAAGAGUCCACCCACUGGAGCACCAAAUUGCCGUUGGUUUUGCUCGCCUUGCGCAGUACGGUCAAGUCGGACGUCGGACUAGCCCCAGCGGAGAUGGUAUAUGGCACUACCCUACGGUUGCCCGGUGAGCUGUUCAAUCCCGCACCACCAACACCGAACCCACCGGAACUAAUCGCGACGUUACGCGACGCCAUGGCACAAUUGCGACCUACGCCAGGUACAAACCACAACACGAGACGGUCAAUAUUCGUGCCAAAGGACCUAUCCAACGUCAGCCAUGUAUUCCUACGAAUAGACGCAGUCAAGCCACCUCUGCAACCACGCUACGAGGGACCACACGCAAUUUUAGAGCGAUGCGAAAAGAACUUCAAGCUGCAGUGCAACAAUCGCCAGGUAUGGGUUUCCGUCGACAGGCUCAAGCCGGCAUUCGUGCUCCGCGAGAACCCGUCACUGACCGACCACUCAUACGCCGCCAGCACCAUCUCAAAAAAACAAGUCCGUUUUUUACUUCCCGGGGGGAGUAGUGUGGUGACCCACAACAACAGCGUCUUGUAA